CUCACGCACCUGUCGCACGGAGCACAGAACCAGAGGUCCGUUCACUAUCACCAUGAACACCUCACAGCCAGUGUCGUCAGCAAUUUCUGGCGUCGAAUUUGGCUUCCUCUCACCAGACGACAUCCGCGCGUUAUCCGUGAAACGAAUUACGAACCCGACGACUUUCGAUACCCUUCUACAUCCAGUACCCGGUGGGCUGUAUGAUUCUGCCCUGGGGGUGUUUGCUGAUAAUCCAUGCUCAACAUGUAAACUCGGAUUUGGUUGUCCUGGACACUGCGGCCAUAUUGAGCUACCCUUACCAGUCUACCACAUCACGUUUAUGGACCAAUGCCUACGGCUCCUCAGGGCGAAAUGCGUUUACUGCCACCACCUAAGGAUACCUCAAACGAAAGUCAACCUGUACAUAUCGAAGCUCCGCUUAAUCACUCACGGUCUCCUUGAACAAGCUGAAGAUAUUGAUCAGAAAAUCUCGGGUGAUAGCAAACGGAAGAAGGCGACUGGUGCUAGGGAUAGCUCAAACGACGAGGAUGAAGACGAAGACGCGAAUGAGCUGAUCGCAAAGCGAGACACCUAUGUGAACAAAACGAUCAAGAAAGCUGGCAUUCAGAAGAAUAGUGAUUGGUCUAUGGAGAAAACGGAAGCAGUUGGCGAUGCACGUCGCGCCGUUGUGAAGGACCUCUAUACGGAGAUGGUCCUAGGCAAGAAUUGCAAAAACUGCAAAGGGCAAGUAGUAAAUCCACAGUACCGAAAAGACAAAUCCGUAAAGAUUUUCCGGAAACCGAUCAAUUCCAAGGACCGUGCGAACAUGAUUAAUGCCGGAAAGCGUGUAGAGAAUCCUAUACUGAUAAUGCAGAAGAAACAGAAGAUCGUCACAAAAAGCAAAGCCAACCGCGUUCAUGCGGACGAAGGUGUUGCAGAUCUGAGUGCAGAUUCUAAUGAGGACGAAGACGAGGACGAGGAGAUGAUAGACUUGGAACAGGAUAACGAAACUUUCAUCGCGGAAGAGACCAUGACAGCUGCGCCAACAAGGAAGGGCGCGGUCGAAUACGCCAAGCAGGAAUAUAUGAAUCCUUCCGAGGUCCUCGCCGCCAUGAGACUUUUGUUUGAGAAAGAGGCGGAGCUUCUUGGACUAGUGUACAGUCCUCAGUCACAUUCAUAUUCCCCAAGCAUCAGUGCCGAUAUGUUCUUUAUGCACAACAUCCUUGUUCCUCCCAACAAGUACCGCCCAGAAGCAAAGGCAGGCGGGUCGAUAGCAGAGAACCCGAAAAAUAGCACCUACAAGAACGUUCUCACUGCAUCUGACCUAUUGCGCCAAAUAAACAACGAGCUGGGCGGUCAGGACAGAGAAGGAGGCUACAGGAAACGAGAUUUCAACGAUCUACAGGAUGCCUGGGUAAGUUUGCAGCAGGCGGUGAACUCCAUCGUGGACAAAGACAGCAACCCCCUUCAAGGCGCAGCCGGCAAAAUGAACGCGGAUGGUGUUAAACAGACGCUUGAGAAGAAAGAGGGCCUCUUUCGAAAGAACAUGAUGGGCAAGCGUGUCAAUUUCGCUGCUCGCAGUGUUAUUUCCCCCGACCCAAACAUCGAGACGAACGAAAUCGGCGUACCCCCAGUGUUCGCCAGGAAAUUGACUUAUCCAGAGCCGGUUACAAAUCACAACUUCUACGACCUGAAGGAAGCUGUUCUCAAUGGUCCUGAUAAGUGGCCUGGGGCUGUCGCGAUCGAGAACGAAUUUGGCCAGGUCAUCAAUUUGAAGAAGAAGAAUAUCGAAGAACGUCAAGCGCUCGCCAAUCAGCUUCUUGCCCCUUCGAACACAAGCGUCAACGGUGCGAUCAACAAGAAGGUACAUCGACAUCUCAAUAACGGAGAUGUUGUGAUCAUGAACCGCCAGCCGACAUUGCACAAGCCGUCAAUGAUGGCACAUAGAGCUAGGGUACUACCGGGAGAGAAGACCAUCCGUAUGCAUUACGCCAACUGUAACACCUACAAUGCCGAUUUCGAUGGAGACGAAAUGAACAUGCACUUUCCCCAAAAUGAGCUUGCUAGGGCAGAAGCAGCCACGAUUGCAGAUACAGAUCAUCAGUAUCUGUCAGCCACUGCUGGAAAACCCCUGCGAGGUCUAAUUCAGGAUCACAUUUCGAUGGGAGUGUGGCUUACAAAUCGAGAUACGUUCUUCAAUCGAGAGGAUUAUCAGCAACUGCUCUAUGCGUGUCUCCGGCCAGAAGACAGCCACACGACAUCUGGCUCUUUGGUCACCAUCACUCCUGCAAUCAUCAAGCCUCGGCCAAUGUGGACCGGCAAGCAAGUCAUUACUACCGUGCUACGAAAUAUCAAGCCUACUACUCAUCCAGGCUUGACAUUGACAUCGAAAUCUCAAACCAAGGCGAGCCUGUGGGGAGACAAAAAGCACGAAGAGCAGGAUGUGAUUUUCCAUGACGGUGACCUGCUCUGUGGAAUAUUGGACAAGAGUCAGAUCGGACCGAGCCCAGGAGGUUUCGUCAAUGCCAUCUAUGAGGCAUAUGGUCACACCGUCGCCGGAAGAUUGCUCAGUGUCCUUGGUCGAUUACUCACCAAGCUACUGCACAUGCGAGCAUUUUCUUGCGGUGUUGAAGAUCUGAUUCUCACUUCCGAGGGAGAGCAAAAACGGAGGGAAGAGUUGAAGGGAGUGGAUUCAGUCGGUCUCAAGGUUGCAGCCAAGUAUGUGUCGUUAGAUGCGGACAAAAUCAACCCCAAUGACCCCGAACUGCGAAGGAGACUGGAGCAAGUACUUCGGGAUUCUUCAAAACAGGAUGGUCUCGACGUGCUUACCAACGGUCAAACCAAAGACAUUUCCUCUAAUGUAACGACCGCAUGUCUUCCCGAUCGACUGAUUAAACCUUUCCCGAAGAACCAGAUGCAGACCAUGACAGGUUCUGGUGCGAAGGGUAGUUUGGUGAACGCUAAUCAGAUCUCAUGUAAUCUUGGACAGCAGGUUCUCGAAGGCAAGCGCGUUCCGAUUAUGGUCAGCGGCAAGUCAUUGCCUUGCUUCAAGCCUUUCGACUCAAACGUACGGGCAGGUGGUUAUAUCACGGACCGAUUUUUGACCGGAGUCCGACCGCAGGAGUACUACUUCCAUGCUAUGGCGGGACGCGAAGGUUUGAUUGAUACUGCCGUCAAAACCUCGCGCUCCGGCUACCUACAGCGAUGUAUCGUGAAGGGUAUGGAAGGCCUCAAAGUUGAAUACGAUACCUCUGUCCGUGACGCAGAUGGAAGCAUGGUCCAGUUCCUCUACGGCGAAGAUGGUCUUGACACCACAAAGCAGAAAUAUCUCAACGAUUUCAAAUUCCAGGCGGAGAAUUUUUGGUCUUUAAUUCAAACCUUGAACAUGGAAGAGGCAUUUGGCAAGAUCCAGAGUGAGGAGGCGACGGAGUGGACAAAAGCAGCGUACAAGAGAUAUCGAAAGACCGGCGACCUAGCAGCCAUGGAUCCAGCAAUUUCUAGGUUUUCUCCUACGCGGCAUUGCGGUAGUACCUCGGAGCAAUUCUACGCUGCCCGUAAAAAGUACUGCGAUGAUAAUCCAGACAGUCUCCUCAAGAAGAAGAGGAAAGACCCUGGAGACAAAGUGGUCCGGAAGAAUUUCGAGGCUGCUCUAGACGUCAAAUACCUCAAAUCUGUCGUCGAGCCAGGUGAGGCUGUCGGCGUCGUGGCCGGACAGUCUAUUGGGGAGCCAUCGACGCAGAUGACUCUGAACACUUUCCAUUUAGCUGGACAUUCGGCGAAGAACGUCACACUCGGCAUUCCUCGUCUGCGAGAAAUUGUUAUGACUGCCAGCGCCAAUAUUUCUACCCCUUCGAUGAAUCUCUACCCGCACCCUGAGAUACCCAAGGAACAUGCGGAAACCUUUACCAAGAGCAUUAGUCGAUUGCCAUUAUCGGCAGUCGUUGACAAGGCGACCGUAACGGAAAGCUUAGGCACGGGCACCGCAUACCAGGAAGCCAAAAUAUACAAGAUUCGGCUAGACUUCUAUCCGCCGGAGGAAUAUUGUAGCGAAUAUGCCAUUAAACAGAAAGACGUGGAGGAUUCGCUGGAAUUGAAAUUCAUCCCUCGUCUUCAAAAGCUGAUUCGGGUAGAACUCAAGAAGAAGGGUCUAGAAAAGGCUUUCAAGUCCAGCUCGCGGGUCAAAUCCGACGCUCUCCCCUCCGUAGGCGACUCAGCGCGUGCGGCUGCGAAUGCAGGGGCCGACGAAGAGGAAGUGGAGCAGGGUGAUCCUAUCCGAGAAGGCGGAGACGAAGACGCUGAGAGCGAUGGCGACGAUGAUGACGAUGCGACUGGCACCAAGCAGCGUGGAAGAAGAGAAGAUAGCGUGGAGUUCGAUGGACCCGAUGAAGAGGAAGAAGCAGUCAGAGCACAAGCUGUAAGAGAGGAAUCUCCAGAGGAGGAUGAGACCUAUGGCGGCAGCCCGCGAACCUCGCCGGUGCCCGAAGGAUCUGAAUCAGAAAGUGAUACCGAGGACGAAUCUCGCCCUGCCGGUUCAGCUGCUGCUCGCGGCGACCGCAUCAUGCACGCUUAUACCGACGUCUCCAACACCAAAUUUGAUAAGCACGGAAAGUGGUGCGAAAUCACCUUUGAAUACUCAGCUUCGACAGCCAAACUCCUCAUGCUUCAUCUUGUCGAAGACGCCUGCAACUUCGCGACUAUACAGGUCAUUCCUGGAAUAGCCAAUUGUCUCCUGUCAAAGGAGGACGGCCCAAUAGACCCGUCUACGGGCAAGCCAACAGAAAUCCCAGUCGUUGUGACCGAGGGAGAAAACAUGGUUGCCAUGCGAGAUUACCAGCAUAUCAUCGACCCCAACCGCCUCUUCACCAACGAUAUUGCCGCCAUGCUGCGACUGUAUGGAGUCGAGGCCUGCCGCGCGAGCAUCGUUCGUGAAAUGCACGCCGUCUUCCACGGUCACGGCAUCAGCGUCGAUCGUCGCCAUCUUACCCUCGUCGCUGACACCAUGACGAGGGGAGGUGGGUUCAUGCCAUUCAGCCGGCUUGGAAUGAAGGGCAAUAUGAGUCCGUUCAUGAAGAUGAGCUUUGAGACGACACUGGGCUUUUUGAGGGACGCAGUGCUCGAGCAAGACUGGGAUGAUCUGCGAAAUCCAAGCGCCCGAAUUGUGGUGGGCAAGCUUAGUGGUGUAGGGACUGGAUGCUUCGAUGUCAUGGUGCCAGUAUCGUCAGGUGUUUAGGGAAAGUUGAUUGCAUAAUGUCGGCGUUGGUCUGGGACAAUGGCGCACAUGUAUAAUUUCUGGAGGUUAAGGGAAAGGGGUACGUAAAUUAGCUCUUGUUUGCUAACUUUGACGGUCGACCAAUGUCAUCCCCGUUUCUUCUCAUC